AUUUGUUACUGUUUGUAGAGUCAGUCGCAUGGUUCGCUUCAUUAUAUACUUCGAUUACACAAUCCAACGCAGGCAUUUACAUGAGAAUUGUACCACCUUAAAAUCGGAAAAUAUUAAAUAAAGUUUGUCGAGUCAAGCAUCAGAUGGAAAUGUCUCUGGAUAAUUUGUCAUCGGUACAAAAAGAUGAGUUGAUGAGCCAGGUGAAGCAGCAGAUAGCACUUGCCAAUGCACAAGAACUGCUCUCGAAAAUGACAGAAAAGUGCUUCAAAAAAUGCAUUUCAAAACCAGGAACUGAACUAGAUGGAUCAGAACAGAAAUGCAUCGCAAUGUGUAUGGACAGGUAUAUGGAUUCAUGGAAUCUAGUAUCUCGAACUUAUACCCAACGUAUUCAAAAAGAGCAAUACAAAGGAUAGAUCAAUACAAAACUAUUGAUAGGAAUAAUAUUUACCAAAAAUACAUUCAAAAUAUGUAAAGCAACUUAGGAUAAAAUUCAUAAUUAAAACUUACACAUAUGAAGCCUAAA